CCGCUCCCCGGCCGUCACAAACACGGAAGCAGCAUGGCGUCCAGCAGCGGCAACAGCGGCGGCCCCGACAGACAUCGAAUUGCACGCCAGAGAUUGAGGAUCAUUGCCGGCCAUUUACUGACACCGGCCGACGUUGUCGCCGCCGAGUGCAAAGCCCCGGGGAGCGGCCAGGAUGUGGCCGGGGAGGAGAAGACGAUGCCGAGAAGGAGGCAGGAUAUUAUGAAAUGGAACGGUUGGGGAUACAGUGACUCCAGGUUCCUUUUCAACAAGAAAGGUCAAGCAGAAUUUACUGGAAAAAGAUAUAGAUUAAGUGGUAUGAUUAUCCCCGGUCUGAGAGAGUGGUUUGAAAGCACGUUUGGAGCCAGCCUGCAGCACAAAACUCCAGCAACACCCAUUAUGAACAGUAACGCCAUACAAGCUCCCAUUCUUAACAAGGCCUUCAUGGAUGAUUUGAAAUCCACCGAUAUUCCCUCCUCGCACGAUGCAGAGGACCGGGUGUUCCGCAGCCACGGGCAUUGCUUACAUGAGGUCUUCGCCUUGCGAGAAGGCAGAGUUGGCCGCAUUCCAGACGUGGUGGUGUGGCCCAACUGCCACAAUGAUGUUGUAACAAUUGUGGAACUCGCAUGCAAACACAACGUCUGUUUGAUGCCAUACGGAGGAGGGACAAGCGUUUCCAGCGCCCUUGAGUGCCCCCCAGAGGAAACCCGGUGUAUUGUAUGUUUGGACACGUCACAGAUGAACCGCAUUCUGUGGAUUGAUGAGAACAAUCUGACUGCCCACGUGGAAGCCGGCAUCAUUGGUCAGGAUUUGGAGCGGCAGCUUAAUGUAAUGGGCUACUGCACAGGCCAUGAGCCGGACUCCAUGGAGUUCAGCUCCGUGGGGGGCUGGGUUGCAACGAGAGCAUCCGGCAUGAAGAAGAACAUCUAUGGCAACAUUGAGGACCUGGUUAUCCACAUCAAGAUGGUGACGCCAUCUGGGGUGAUUGAGAAGAGCUGCCAGGGCCCCCGAAUGUCCAUGGGGCCGGACGUUCACCACUUCAUCAUGGGAUCUGAAGGAACACUGGGUGUGGUUACCGAGGUCACAAUGAAGAUUCGGCCCAUGCCGGAGUAUCAGAAAUAUGGUUCGGUUGUGUUCCCUAACUUUGAGCAGGGAGUCGCUUGUCUUCGAGAAGUUGCCAAACAGAGAUGUGCUCCUGCAUCUAUUCGACUUAUGGAUAAUGAGCAAUUUAAAUUUGGUCAUGCCCUCAAGCCUCAGGUGUCCUCACUUUUCACCUCCUUUCUGGACGGCCUGAAGAAACUGUACAUCACCAAGUUCAAAGGCUUCGACCAGAACCGCUUGUGCGUGGCCACCCUGCUGUUUGAGGGGGAUCGAGAGAAGGUCCUGCAGCACGAGAAGCAAGUUUAUGACAUUGCCGCCAAAUUUGGAGGCCUGGCAGCUGGAGAGGACAAUGGGCAGAGGGGCUACAUGUUGACCUUUGUCAUCGCUUACCUCCGGGACUUGGGAAUGGACUACUAUGUGAUAGGAGAGUCAUUUGAGACCUCCGUACCCUGGGACAGGGUUUUGGAUAUUUGCCGGAAUGUAAAAGCUCGCAUCAUCAAAGAGUGCAAAGACAAAGGAGUCCAGUUUCCACCAUUAUCCACAUGCAGGGUGACACAAACCUAUGACGCCGGGGCCUGCGUCUACUUUUACUUUGCCUUCAACUACAGGGGUCUCUCCGAUCCGGUGCUCGUGUAUGAACAAGUUGAGCAUGCAGCUCGAGAGGAGAUCCUGGCCAAUGGAGGCAGCUUAUCACAUCACCAUGGAGUGGGGAAACUUCGCAAGGAGUGGCUGAGGGAGAGCAUCUCCCAGGUGGGCUUGGGGAUGCUGCAGUCCGUCAAGGACUACGUGGACCCCAACAACAUCUUCGGCAACAGGAACCUCCUCUGAGCAAGAAGAUUCUACGAGCGCCAUCUCCCGCGUCACCCGGUGCCAUUUUGUCCGCUCAUGCAAACGUCAUGACUGACUGACGCCCGAGUCGGCGUCGCCUCACUAGUUACUGAAGCUCUGUGCCUUUUGAAAGCUUUGCCUGCCUUCCCCCUUCCCCCCCGCUCCACCCCCCCCCCCCUCGCCAUGGCGUCGUCUCGCCAGCACGACGCAACAAUAAAACCUUUUCUUUUGAUAUUAUGCAACCCUCAUUUCACACUUUAAUCUCGUGUUUGUGUUUCCCAUCCAAAGCUCCUUUGACGUGUUACUGAUCACCAAGAGGUGUGCGUACUUUUUUUUUUGAAACCCCGCCUUCUCAGUGCGGCCAUGUUACCUGGGCGUGAGGUCGCUCUUGUCAACCAAAGACUGAACACGUGCGACCGUGCAAACCAUACUGCAUAUUUUUUGGAAUCAGAAUUAUGCAAAUAUGACCCAUUUUGUGUGUAAUGUACGCGACAUUGGACGCAAAAUCCGCAUUGGAUUGAUAUUAGUUUGUCUUUUGUUUAUUUGCCAUUUAAAAAGAUCAAUUUUGAUUUUUUAAAAAUAUAUAAUUAACUGUCUUAUGGAAAAAAGUAUUUCCAAUUUUGUUGAUUACAUUUUUUUAAUCACUUUAUGUAACUUUGAUUUUGUCACGACAAACAGGUAUCUCCAAUUUUGUUAAUUUGAUUUUUUUUUUUAAUGAAACUUUGAUUCAGUCGAAUGAAAACCACUUAGCUCUGAGUUUAAUGAUGUGGUUUUAUUUCUGAGAAAUUCAUAUAACUGUCCUAUAUUUAAGAAGAAAACAUACUUGGUUUUUAUUUAAGGUCCUUGUUUUUUUAAAUGAAUGUUCUAUUUACAGUUGCAGUCAAAAUUAUGCCUCAUUAAUCAUUGUAAAGUGUAUUUUUACUAACAUGUAACUUUAUAUAUGUGCAGUAUUUUUGCAAUAAAUCAAACAAAUUUCAUUAUUUCAAAACUAGCCUUGAUUAAAUUGGCCAUCUAUUGUAAGUCUUUGAAAAUAAAUGGAAUUAUAAUAUGGGUCAAAUAAUUGAGACUGCAACUGUAUGUUAUGUUGCAGAAUGUGGACAUACAGUACAUGUUUUGUUUCUAUUAUUGUAGUUUCAAGCAGAAUUGCAUCGUUCCUAAUAGUUUGCUACUAUUUUGUUGCUGAGUCAGCCAAACAUUGGGAACAUCUGCAGUGCAACUGUACGCUACUGUAAAGUAAAACCUUACUAAUAAGCAUAUGUCUGCAGUGGAAAGCAUUUAUGUCCCAAGUUUUGAAUUAGUGUUACGACUAUGGCGGACAAAAUAAGGGAUUAAAAGGAAAAAAUAAAGCAGAUUUGGGAGAUAAUUUGCUUGUCGUUUGCCUACAGGUCACGAUAAUAUUUACUAAAUCAUUCAGCAGGUGUGUGCAGGUGCGUCUAAAAGUGUGUCGCUGUCUUGUCCUUUUUGAGAAGUUCCCUAAGAAAAUGGUUGAUUAGGGAGCUGCUGCUGCCUGACAUGACAUCGAUUUUUUAACUUGUGUCAAAAAAUGUGUGAUUUUGAAUCUAAUCAAAUUCCCUUUUGUUAUUUUCUCAAGUAACGUUCAGUGUGUUUACUGUUUUUGUCUACGCCCUUUGUGCAAUAAAUCCACCUAAAACAUU